CAAAGAUGUGGAAUUGAAAAAAAGGGGUGAAAAAAAGGAAUGGCUUUGGAUCUAACGUAAUCAUCAGCAACUCUCUGAAAAAUAUUAUUCUCUCACCUUUUUGCGGCGCGGCACGUGUUUCCCUUCUCGAGCUUACGAUACGGAUGAACGCACUUUUUGAAAGGAAGCUUAGAGCGCAGAGAAAACAAAUCUGAUAGACACCAUUAUAAACCCACGUGGCUGUGAGUCAAGUCAGAAAAUUUAGAAUUGUACAAUAAUAAUAUUGCGAUUACCUACUUGUAGAUAACGGCUGAUGUAUGGUUUUCUCAUUAAUAUUUUUUCGUCAGCAAUUUGCCACGCCCACCCAACUUAUACACAGAAGAUACGUAGUAGCAAGCGCAUGCGCUUGACGCAAGGAGAGAAUUAAUUUAGCAGCCAUAUCAAACAUGGCGAUCGGUCAAAAUGCACUCUGAUGUGUCUGUCGACAAUCCCAAAUUUAACAGGAUACUGGUCAUGACAGCGCGAAAAUUUGGACCACGGAAGUAGUUGAAGGUGCUGAGUAGACUCUGAGGGUACUGUAGAAUACUGCAGGGACCAUGUUAGACCCGUCUUCGAGCGAAGAAGAGUCGGAAAAUGACACAUACGAGGAUGAAACGGAUGCGCUGUCCGUACCGAGCCAGGCCGGGCUACGAACGAGCGCAUCCAGCAAUGACAGCCUGCAGACCAGCGGCGCUGUCCCCGGGGCUGGUGGUCAUCGGGCCUCCGUGGUACGGCCAGCGAGUCCAAGUCCAUCCUUGAUCAGUGAAAAGGAGCGGGAGGAAACAGAGAGAUUGCAGCGGGAAGAGGAAGAACACAAGAAGCGUCUGCAGCUGUACGUGUUUGUCAUGCGAUGUAUUGCCUACCCGUUCAACGCCAAGCAACCGACCGAUAUGGCCAGGCGACAGACCAAAGUUACUCGGCAGCAACUUACCACCAUCAAGGAACGAUUCCAGGCCUUCAUCAAUGGAGAAACUCAAAUAGUAGCCGACGAGGCGUUUUGCAACGCCGUGCAAAACUAUUUCCAGGUGUUCCUGAAGAGUGACCGGGUCUUGAAGAUGGUGAUGAGUGGUGGCUGUUCCUCCCAUGACUUCCGGGAAGUGUUCAAGAACAAUGUGGAGAAACGCGUCCGGAGUUUGCCUGAGAUUGACGGCCUGAGUAAAGAGACUGUUCUCAGUUCUUGGAUGGCCAAGUUUGAUGCCAUCUAUCGAGGCGAGGAAGACCCACGCAAACAGCCACAGAGGUUAUCGACAGCUGCUGCAUCCGAGCUCAUCCUGAGUAAGGAACAGUUGUAUGAGAUGUUCCAGAACAUCCUGGGCAUCAAGAAGUUUGAACAUCAGCUGCUUUAUAAUGCAUGCCAGUUGGACAAUGCAGAUGAGCAGGCAGCCCAGAUUAGGAGAGAGCUGGACGGCAGACUGAAACAGGCUGAAGAUCUUGCAAGGACAAAGAAAGGUCCUCGGUUUAUCGUCAAGGAGAUGGAGAGUCUCUUUGUGGAGGAGCUCAGGUCGGCUGUGAACCUCCUGAUGGCCAAUCUGGAGAGUCUGCCGGUCUCCAAGGGCAACACCGACUCCAAAUACUCACUCCAGAAACUCAAAAGGGCGCAGAAUACAGCAGUCUCUAUGAUGGAAGUGACUGAGGACUCGGAGCCAACGUUGUCCAAGUCGGAUGUCGUCCUGUCAUUCACACUUGAGGUUCUUGUGAUGGAGGUGCAGGGUCUGAAGUUCCUGGCUCCCAACAGAAUCGUCUACUGCACCAUGGAGGUGGACGGUGGGGAGAAAUUGCAGACGGACCAGGCAGAAGCCAGCAAACCUGCAUGGGACACCCAGGGUGACUUUUCCACCACGCACCCCUUGCCUGUUGUCAAGAUCAAACUCUACACAGAGAACACAGGAGUCCUAAGCAUUGACGAUACCCUCCUUGGCAAGAUUGUUACCAGACCAACACCCAACAGCCCCAAGACCCCAGAAUGGUACAAGAUGAACACAUCCAAGCAGUUUCAAGACCCAAUCAAGAUCAAGCUGGCUAUCCGUAUGGACAAGCCUCAGAAUAUGAAACAUUGCGGAUGGAUGUACUGCAUGGGAAAGACGGUAUGGAAGAAGUGGAAGAAGAGAUUCUUUGUACUAGUCCAGGUGAGCCAGUACACAUUUGCCCUGUGCAGUUACAGAGAGAAGAAAGCAGACCCCAAUGAGAUGAUGCAGCUGGACGGCUACACGGUCACCUACACAGACCCAGAACCAGACCUAGAGAGCCAGGGCGGACGUUUCUUCUUCAAAGCUCUAAAGGAAGGCGACGACAUCGUCUUAGCCUGUGACGAGGAGGUUGAUCGCCAGCUGUGGGUGCAGGCCAUGUACAGGGCUACCGGCCAGACACACAAACCGGUACCCCCUACACAGAUAGCUGGUGGCAAAGGUGCCAAUGCUAUCAUCUCUAGACUACAGGGAGAUGCUGACAGAGCUCGCAAGCAUGGCAUGGAUGAGUUCAUUCACAAGAGUCCCUGUGAGUUUGACCACUCGGCACUCUUUGAGUUACAGCAAGAACUGACUCUGGACCACCGACUCAAUGACUCCUACUCGUGCCUGGGUUGGUUCAGCCCCGGUCAGAUCUUUGUCUUGGAUGAGUACUCGGCACGCUACGGGGUCCGCGGCUGCCAUCGCCACCUGUGCUAUCUGAACAACCUGCUGGACCGUGCUGAGAAAGGCACCAUGAUUGACCCAACGCUCAUCCAUUACAGCUUUGCAUUCUGUGCCUCACAUGUCCAUGGAAACAGGCCUGAUGGGAUCGGUACAGUCACCAUUGAUGAGAAAGAGAAAUUUGAUGAAAUCAAGGAACGUCUUCGAGGUCUACUUGAACAUCAGAUCACGCAUUUCAGGUACUGUUUUCCAUUUGGGAGACCAGAAGGCGCCCUGAAAGCCACGCUCUCAUUACUGGAAAGGGUCCUGAUGAAGGACAUUGUGACCCCAGUGCCCCAGGAAGAGGUUCGUUACACUAUCAAGAAGUGUUUGGAGAAUGCUGCCCUCGUCAAUUAUGAACGAGUCUCUGCCUAUGCUAGGAUAGAAGAGAGUUUGAACAGUGAGGAUCUUCCUCCGGAGAAGCGGCUAGAAGACGUUCUCCAUCUCGCCGAGCUGUGCAUUGAUGUCCUCCAGCAGAACGAGGAGCAUCAUGCGGAGCGCGACAAACGCAAAGAAUCUCAGGCCUUUGCAUGGUUCAGCGAUUUACUGGUGGAGCAUGCUGAAAUCUUCUGGUCGCUGUUUGCUGUCGACAUGGACAGUGCCCUGGAGGUCCAACCGCCCGAUACGUGGGACAGUUUCCCGCUGUUCCAAUUGCUCAAUGACUACCUACGCUUGGACAACAAUCUGAACGGUGGGCGAUUCCACCAGCAUCUUCAGGACACAUUCGCCCCCCAGGUGAUUCGCUACGUGGAUCUGAUGGAGUCCUCCAUUGCCCAGUCCAUCCAUCGUGGAUUCGAGCGAGAAAAGUGGGAACCAAAAGGUAACGGGACAGAAACCUCCGAGGACCUAUUUUGGAAGUUGGACGCCUUGCAGACGUUCAUCCGAGACCUUCACUGGCCCCAGGAGGAGUUUGCCAAGCACCUGGACCACCGCCUUAAGCUCAUGGCUGCCGAUAUGAUCGAGUCUUGCGUCAACAGGACAAUGAAAGCGUUUGAGGUUUGGAACAAGAAAGGUCGGAUCAACUGUGAUUAUCGUGUGCCCUCUGAGUUGUGUGUCAUGAUGAACGUUCUGACUGAUGCUAAGGUCCAGUCAGCGAAGCUCUGCCCCGUCUCUAAGGACCAGGAGAAUCACCAGUACCACACCAAGAUUGACGAAGUCGUGAGCAGACAGAGCCAUAAUUUGAUUGAGAGCUUGGUGGUUAAACUCCGGCUCGUCAUGGAGGGCAUGCUGUCCAAGCUAGCUCGCUAUGAUGAAGGCACAUUCAUGGCUUCCAUCCUGUCAUUUACGAAUCCUGGUUCAGAAGUGGCCGAUGACUACGCAAGCUUCGUCAGUGAGAAUCUGGACGAGGUUCGAGAGUGCCUGCAUGAUGAGGAAUUCAUCUUUGCCCUUUUUGACGCCUUUUAUACAGCCAACAUGAAUCUGCUGUGUGACUGGCUGUCAGACCGGAUGGACCUGCAACUCCAUGUGCACCAGCUCAGCACCCUGCUACGAGUUACCAAUAAAAUGUACAAGGAUUUUGAGCUGCACGGCGUGUCCAGCAAGAGCCUGAACAGCAAGACGUACGAGGCCGUGCGUCACCGGCUACAGGUGGAGGAAGCCACCGCCUCGGUAACCCACGGCAACCUGGCCUUGACCAACGGCAGCACGGAGGACGAGGACGAUGAUGAGGAGGAUUAAGGAGAACACUUCAAGAAAAAAAAACAACACCAAAACCAAAAGCCAUCCAGCAAACUAGGAGGCCAUCGCCAAGAUGAGAUAACCAGGUACCGAUGGACGCUGCAAACUUUGGAUUUGAUAAACAUUUUGCAAAUUCUCUGGAACAUUUCUAACUAAUGUGAUUUUUGUUUUUGGGAGGGGGUAGUGUGUUAGUAGCCCAUCACAAGUCCAGUCACAAGUCCAGUCACAAGUCCAGUCACAAGUCCAGUCACAAGUGCACGUAAAUCACAAGUCCUUUUACAAUUCCAUAAAAACUUAACAGGGGUAUGAGCUCAGAAAGUUUCUCAGUUGUUGUCCCUUCUGUUCGCACCUUCACUUGCAGCACACGUAUUGCAAUCUCCCUCAUCCAUUCACUGUAUCUGUUCCAAAGGCCAGUACUGUGAGAUAUUCUUCUAGUUUUUUUUCUCGAACUGCUUCAGUUUGGAAAUCCUUACCAGAAUCCUGUUUUCCACCAACUAUUAGCUAUCCUGGCAUGGUCAAACGAAAUGUGAAUAGAUAUCUCUCUUUCUGUAACUUUAUCCUCUAUACUUUCUUUUGUAGCCCUCACCUUGAGUGGCCUUCUGGCCUUGCAAUAGGCGAUUCCCAUUAAAAAUAGAGGGGGGGGGUAAUAACUGGAAAUAACAAUGACAAAGGAACGCUUUUUCACGGUAUAUUUGAAUGGGUUGUGAGUGGACUGGAGGACUUGUGAUGGACUUCUGAAAACUGGAGGGGGGGGGGGUAGUUUGUGCAUACAAUAUCCCACAGGAUGCUCAUGUUGAGGCUGGUUCGUACUCAGCGGGAAAGCAGUUGCAAUGACAGACUUGAGAUGUUAUAUACUAACGGCAAGUGUUUGUACUGCAUUUAAGCAAAACCUGACUUUAUAGUCAGGUAGUCUUUGUUUUCCUGCAUCAUGAAUGAUCAGAUCCCAAUCAUAUCCCUGGGUACGAACUGGUGUUUUUUUAAGGGUUUCCAUGGUAAUGACAAGUUACUUUUUACUUAGUUAUAUGAAGCUUUUAGUUUAAAGGGAAAAAAAAAGAAGAAAUCAAAUUUACAGAAGUUUCAAAUAUUCUAGAUUAAACUGGAAUAGUCAAGACGAAUUUUAGUUGCAAUUUCUGAACAAAAAAACUGAACAUGACAUUGUCAAAGGGGAUUUCACAUUUUGCCUUGCAGGGGGAACGGAGAAUGUCAAAAGAUUUCUAAGAAUUCUGGGAACCAAAACCAGAAAAUACAGUACUAAAGAAUGCUGCGUUACUUCCCAGAAUAACGGCGUCAUUGCAAGCUGUACAACACAAGAUGCUAGUAGUUUUUGAGAAAAAAAAAGCAAAAGUAAUCACAGUAGUUGCAUAAAACGCUGAGAAAUCUUUCCUGCCCAAAGUUGCAUGUAGUACUCUAAAUUAUUUGUAAUGUAAUCAUAGUUCACAGUACUAUGUCAAUGUACAUUAUGAAACCUGUUCCCAGAAAAUGAGACUAAUGUCACAAAAAUGGGCUUCGGAUAUUAUUUAAUAGAGAAAAGAACUUUGUAUAGACCCAACUUUUGUGACAUCACAUUGAGUGGCAGGGCAGUAUGCAAAGUACAUGUAUGUUUUUAGUGCCCGGGAUUUGGCUAAAUGUCACUUCAAACGUGACGUCAUGAAACUAGGUCUAUAGUCGGCACUGUUAACUUCAGCUGGUUUAUAGCGUUCGAGGAAUAUGGCUAAGAGUUCAGUUCAGAUAAUAUAGAAAAUGGAAACUGCAACUUUAAUUUAUGAGAACAGAAAACAAAGAGUACUACCUAGACGCCCAUAGUUUCCUAGGCUCGCAAAAGCAAAACCAAUCCCAAACAAAUCCAUUGCUAGAAACCUGCCGUAGACGAACCUCAAAAGUGAAAGUGUACCAUAAGCAUGUGCAGUGAGAUACUGACGUGGUUGUAUUUGGCGUGAGACCCUAGUUAGUCUUGAUUCCAGGCUGCAUACACAAAAGUCUUCCUAUAGCCUUAUUUUUAGUGUUACUCCUGAGCUAGCCUCCUCAUCAUCGCCCUCAUCCUCUGCUGCUGUUGCCAAGGCCAGGCUGAAUUGAAGACCACCACCAAAAAUAGGAGGCUUUUGUUUGUAUGCAGCCGCAGAGAUUAUGAUGAAUUUCUAUAGAUAUCUCUUGUUCGGUUGUUUUUGUUUCUGUUUUUCUUUUCUCACAAAUGUGAUUUGAAAUACAUGUAAUAAGAAACCCGAGUCAUUCAAGAUUUUGAUUUCGACAUUUUUUGCUAAGAAAUCGUAAGGUUCAUUUCAACCAAGUUGUCUGCUUUAAUAAUGACCUUAAAAGGACUGUUUGGAGUAUUUAAUUGGAAUCAUAUUUUAAAAAGAUCAAAUUGAUUUUUGCACUGUAUUUUAUUUUAUUUUUAUUUUUAUUAUUUAUUUAUUGUUUUGUGAAAGCUAAAACGGGCUACUUGGAAAAAUACGUACUAUUAAAAUUGUAUUUCUUUUACUUGUGACUUGUACUCAGAUAAUUUGUGCAUAGUACCGGUAAUUAAGUACAUGUAUCCUGAGCAAUAGAUUCACUAAAGCAACUCUGCUGGGCCCAUGUUUAACUUUGGCCUAGGUUCAACAUUGGCCCAGGUUCAACAUUGGCCCAGGUUCAACAUUGGCCCAGGUUCAACAUUGGCCCAGGUUCAACAUUGGCCCAGGUUCAACAUUGGCCCAGGUUCAGUCAGGUUUGGCCCAGGCCCAUUUUUUUUGCCCAGGUUCAACAUUAGCCAAGCUUCAUCUUUGGCCAGGUUUAACAUUGGGCCCAGGUAUAACAUUGGGCCCAGACGCAACAUUUGGCCCAGGUUCAAGGAUUCAGCCAGGUUAAACAUUAAUUUUGACCCAGGUUUGUCGUUGGCUAAGGUUCAGCUUUGACCCAUGUUCAACAUUGGGCCCAGGUUCAACAUUGGGCCCAGGUUCAACAUUGGGCCCAGGUUCAACAUUGGGCCCAGGUUCAACAUUGGGCCCAGUUUCAACAUUGGGCCCAGUUUCAACAUUGGGCCCAGCCACCAGGAUCAACUUUAGCUCUGGUUCAACUUUGACCCAGUUUCAACUUUGGCCCAGGUACAACAUUGGGCCCAGAUGCAACAUUUGUCCCCGACUAAUAACAUCAGGCAUUCAGAAACGUGCCAAAAAAAGCUUGUGAGUUUAUUUGCCAAAGUUGAUCACUCAUACGUGUCAUUUUUCCCCCCUGAAUAAUACUUCAGGCCAUUAAUCAGUUUUGUUCAAAAAUAUUUUGAGUACUUUGCUUUAUGUCCGCAUGGAUAUUUAUAGGUAUAAUCCUGGCCAAAUCUCACGGGGCCCCCAACCCCAGCCCCCAUUCAAUGUUGUCUCUCAUGACGUGAUAUGUGCUCCAUCAGCUGGAGAGAACAGCAUUGACUGGUGGAGCGGGGGAGUGGGUGACGGUGGGAGGUUAUUUCCAAGUGUCCCAACCAUUUUCGCCGGGAUCGUAGGAUAAAAAAUAAGUCUGUAAAUGUUUUGUCAUUUAUUCCAAACGAUAGGUGUUCCGUUCCAAAAAUGUUGACAAUUUCAGUUUAAAUAUUUUAAAGUAUAAAUUACAAGUACAUUUAAUUAUUUAUAGUAUAUGAAGUACAUUAUUUUAUUUCAGUAACUAUUGUUCGAAAAGCAAUAGUUCAGUUUUUCUUCCAAGUCAAUCAAGUAAAGUCUACAAUUUUUUUCCCCCACAAGGUUCAGCACUAUUCUUAAGGACAUUUUUGGAAACUUCAUCUUUUGUUUGCAUUGAAGACAAUACUUUGACUUUUUGUCAUUUCAAACCAGAGAGAAAGUCAAAUUCGUAAAUUUGAUUAAAUUUUGUUUUGGAUAAUAUGUUUCUUCCAAGACUUAAAAGUUAGGCAUUUUGGGUUACCUAAUAACAUAUUCUAGAAGAUUGUUUGAGUUGGUUUUUUUUUUGAAGAAAGGUGUCUGUCCACAUUAAAAUUAUGUGCAUGUAUUGUAAAUACCAUUUAUUGUUAUAUUAACCAAAAAUCUUUCUUCUAAAAUUCAGAUUGUUUGAUUCAUAAUUUUGGUAAAAGUCACUUUUCGACCAAAAAAAAAAUGGAACAUAUAAAAAUCUGACAACUUAUCUGGUUUUGUUUUGUAAUAUUUUCAAAGAAAUUGGUAUAAAUAUAAUCAUC